UAGUAUAAACUAAAACAAGUUCUCUCCGCUUCAGCGAUUUGUAAACGAACGUUUUUUCCAAUCUACUGACAGUUUAGUUGUCGUCUUUCGCCUUUCGUAGGAUUUUAAUGCAUAAUCUUGUUCACAAAUGAAAUGCAUAUGAUAGGUAGGAUCGAGUUUCGGGAACUUUAGAUAAAUCAUUUGUCUGGUGUUACAGGAACACACCUUAAUAAAAUAUUCAUAACAGAACACUCAAAAUGACUGCAAAAAUAGUUUUAUUCUGUGUGCUCUUAUUGGAAUCGAUAACGGGAGCCCAGGCCUAUUCAUACAAUGUGGGUGGAAUGGUGGCAGCGUCGUUGGCUGCGUUUAUAUUUCUCAUAGCCAUAAUUCUGUUGAUCCUUGUUGCAGUUCAGUGGCGAGACUGGUAUAUGCGACGUCAAGCUAGGCGAGGACGAUACAGGAUACCAAGAGAAAAAUGGCGUCUUUUCAGAUACAAAGUUAUGAAGUCUACGUCUCGAGAAGAAAGCCCGAGAUCUGGUAUGGAAAUGAACAUGCGUAUGCACAAUAUAACAAAUAUGCCAGGUAGUAGAACUACAACACUAGAGAGACAACAGCCAAUAACAGACGCAUGGGUGACACGUCUACCUCCCGUUGACCAUUACGAAGAAAAAAGUAAAACAUUGAAGUUCGAUCCAGAGGAAGAGAAUGUCAUAGUUACUGAUGUUCUACCAGACACCACACAAAGAACAGUCCAACCGGUCGUCAUGACAACAGCAGGACCUACCACUCAAACAGUGACGUAUCAGGACUCCUAUCAGCCGUAUAAAGAUGACAGUACGACAGCUACCCACAUACGCCAGACGGCACGUGCAAGAUCUGAGCGUGUAAGUUACGAACCUUACCACGUUCGUUUGCAAGUGUCUGAAGCGUCCCAGCAACCAGCUCAUCAUCUGUCGCAGACGACACAUCCAGCUCAGCAAUAUUCACAAUCGACACGUCCCGCCCAGCAGCUGUCACAGACGAUGCCAUCUAGGGGCGAUGGAAAAGAUAUUUUUAUACAACCUCACGUUCCGGCUAGCAAUACUCCAGAUAUUCAAGCCGGCGUCGUGGUUUUUGAUUCCGACGACGAAGCUGGAAACAUUCCGGUAACUCGACAAUCCGAAGAUGUUGUUUUGUUUUAAGUUCCAAGCUAAUAUAUGAUAUAAAUUGUUUAUAGUGCUUACUUUUAAACAUAUAUGACAUUUUGCCUGGUUUUAAAGAAUUAUAUAUUUUAAAAAUCAUCAAAAUAUUCCAAAGAUAUUUGAUAUUAUUUUCAUGUAUGCCAAAUAUGUGCGCUUGUAUAGUGUAUACGAGAAAGGUACGCAUCUGUUGUAUUUGAGAAUAUUAUGCAAACGUUAAAGCAUCGAGUAAAAAAUAUACUGUGAUUUGCAAAACAUUUUAUUUCAAGUUUUAAUAAUUGUUUAGAGCCAAACUUUAUCCAUGGUUCAAUUCCAUCAUAUAUCUUUGAUAUUAUUCACUCACUGUGUGUUUGUACUGAUAUAUAGAUGAAAUUUACUUAUUGAAACAUUUUUCACCGAGUGGACAUCAGAUGCAGUAUUUUCUCGACUUGCAUCAAAUAUAAAAAGUAAAUAUGGUGUUCACGGGUGAAAGAUAUUUUGAUCUUUCAAAUAUUUAGUAAUUUUCUACUUACUUUAAAGUAACUGUUAUCCAUUCUGCAGUUUCGUACCAAAUAUAUUUUACUCUAAUAAGUCGAUAGUUGAAAAACAUAUGAGCCGUGCCAUCAGAAAACCAACAUAGUGGCUUUGCGACCAGCAUGGAUCCAGACCAGCCUGCGCAUCCGCGCAGUCUGGUCAGGAUCCAUGCUGUUCGCUAACAGUUUCUCUAAUUCCAAUAGACUUUGAAAGCGAACAGCAUGGAUCCUGACCAGACUGCGCGGAUGCGCAGGCUGGUCUGGAUCCAUGCUGGUCGCAAAGCCACUAUGUUGGUUUUCUCAUGGCGCGGCUCAUAUAGUAAAUUCAGUAAUUCACUGAAGAAAAUGGAAUACUGUUUAUUUCAUGUAAAUAAGAACUUGUAUACCAGAUCUAUACUGAGUACAUCUAGAAACGCAACACUUGGUCUACAGUCAAUAUUUUUGUAACAUGAUAAUUAACCAGAAAACUGCACUUUUUCUUCUUCUUCUUCUUCCAGUUAGGUACAUAACCGCAUAACCGCUCUCUGGCGUAUCGUCGUACACUGUUAUUUACACGGGUGAAACACGAACGUUCUGUGCUAGUUAAAAACAUCUAUUUUACAGUGCUGUUAAAAACGGUACGGUCAUCUAUCGGAGCUGGACUGCCUGCAACCUGGACCUGAAGAUGUCUAGGGAGGUGCUGUCGACAUCUGCCUGUGGUAGAAUUCCAGAGAUGUAUUCCAUUGGGGAAGAAGGAGAACUGGUCUGUCAGUGUUCUGGUGAAUGGUAACAGGAACUUCUGGGAAUGGCCUCGCAGUGUAGUAGCUGGAGUGAGGUGUGUCUUUGGGAUGUCCACUGGCUGAUUUACUAUGCGGUACAUCAUGACUGUCCUCGACUGCGCUCGCCUUUCUAGUAGUUGUAGGCCACUGCAGUUUCUGAAGCAUCUCUGUCACGCUACUUGAUCUGUGGUAGUCACCAGUCACAUACCUUACCGAUCCACGCUGGACCAUUUCAAGUUUGUUUAUGUUGUCCUUGGUGUAUGGGUCCCAGAUAACACUUCCAUAUUCAACUAUUGGACGAACAAAUGUCUUGUAGCAAAGGUCUUUUGUUGCUUUCGGGCAUUGAUAAGUAUUUCUAGAGAUAAAGGCUCUGGUGUUGUUUGCUUUCUUCACAGAAGAGUUAAUAUGGUUGUUCCAGCUUAGAGAUUUGUGUAUGUUGAGUCCAAGAUAUUUUGCUGAGUCGACUGAUUCUAAAGUGUGACCAUGGAUGUCAUAUGGCAUUUCUAUAAUGUUUCUUCUGUUUGAGAUGUGGAUGACCGGGCACUUCUGGGGGUGGAAUUCCAUCAUCCGAUCCGAUUCCCACUCUUGCAGGUCUAACUGUAGAGACUUGGCAUCGUCAGAGGUCUUAAUUUCCGGUACAGGAUACAGUCGUCUGCAAAAAGACGUGCAGUAGAUUGGCUGGAUAUUGAUUUGACUUUUGGUGGGUUUUGGUUUUGGAUGAUAGUCAGGUUUCUACACGAUUUUACAAUAUUACUACAAAAACUUCAAAUAUGCAUGUACAAGGAAAGUAUGGAAAAAUCGAGGGGAAAAUGUUGCGUUUCUAGAUAUACUGAGCAUAUAUAUACAUUUUGUCUGUUGUAUAUGAUUGCAUACUGCUCAUACCACAACCAGUUUAACUACAAAGACUGUUAGCUAGCUUUAAAACCAACAACGGUACUAACUUCAUAACUCGAAGGUUUCAGUUUAACAGACUGUCUAAGCCACGUGAAAUGUAAAUUUUGAUAUUUUAUCAUUUUUGGACACUUUAAAUGUGUACAUUUAUCAUGACUACCAAAAGAGAACUUUUUGAUGUUACAAAGACCAUGAUUACAUAAAAGAAUAUCAGGGUGAAGCAUAACGUAUUUAUGUCACUUGCAUGUUCGGGGACCCUGUGAACUUUAUUGGUAUCUGUGUAACGGGACACAAAUCUCAUACAAUAAACGAGUAAAAUAGCCGUAAUUUUAUUAUGCUUUCAUCUACGCACAUUUCUGCGUUUUCUUUAAUUCGAGUUCUAUGUGUACAUGGCAAAUUUUGACGCCGCAUUAAUUUUGUAAAUAUACCAAAGGCUUGAAAAAAUAGUUCCAGUACUUAUCCCCGCAAUUUAAAAGGGAAACUGGCUUCUCUUUUGGACGCAGUGGUCCAGUGGUAACACUGACUACGAAACCAGGGUCGUGAGGUCGAGCCCCCGCUUCUCCUAAUAAAAAUUACUAACAUUGGGAUAAGAGUCAAACGUGUGGGUGCUUUACACCUGGCACACUAAAGAACCUGGGAAGCUUUUGGAACUGAAGCGUCUUCUGUAUCUUGCAUUAUUACAUACUCGUUUCUAUUCCCCGUAAAGUUACACUGGUACCGGAAACGUCAAAUUUUGUCCAUACACUGACGCCUGAAUUUCAUAUCGGGUGCGUGACGUAAUUCAGUGUGUGUUGUUGCACUAUAUUGUCUAUUUAGUUCAGUAAUGUCAAUUCUGUUCAGGCUAUUGAACAUAUAUAUGAUAUUUACAUAAUAUUUAUACAUGUAGAUGCGUAUGUAAUAAAAAGGUUAUUAUCUUUGCAUCGGGAAGUAUGCACUCGUUCUUCAGCGGAAGAAUAUUGCGCUCCUAAAGUCGCGCAAUAUUUCCGCUGAAGAACUCGUGCAUAUUUCCCGAUACAAAGCUAAUAACCUAUAACUAUCCUCCCACUAACAGUCUUCUGGAGGAGCCGCCCAUACCGGUGGCGACUAUAAAUAAACUUUUAUACAAACAAACUUCUCUCAUACCUUCUUGGCGGUGGAAACCAUAUGGGGAAUAAGGUGUCAAAUGUAACUGAUAUAAGUUGUAGAAUUCGCUCCACACUAGACCUAAAAUAAAUAAGUAAAAUUUAACGUCUUUAAUUUCCAUAACCAAGGUUGUAUGAUGAUAAUUUUGCACUUGAUUAUUAUUACAUAAUUGUUACACAUAUUAUAUUUAUCUUGUGCUUUACUUUAUAUCGCAUGUUUCUUACUGCCUUUAUUCGGCAAUAAAUACUAUUAUUAUUUUA